AUGAUAGGUAACUCGUCCAAUUUUAAUCCAUGCACAGAUAACUCAUUUCAAUCAAGAAAUGAUGUUAUGAAUUCGUUUAAUGAAUUAUUUGAACCAUUAAUUCCAGCGUUUUCCGAUGGAGGUGCCAGAGUUAACUUGGAAGAAAGCGGUGCUCAUUUUCCUAUGGCUGCUGCACAUUUUGAAGGUUUCGCAAGAGCUUUAUGGGGAAUUGUACCAUACGUUGUGGGUGGUGGUAACUUCAAACAUUGGGAUUUAUAUAGGAAAGGUUUUAUUAAUGGUACUGACCCUAACCAUGAAGAAUACUGGGGAGAAGUUGUGGAUUGUGAUCAAAAGAUGGUCGAAUUAGCUGCUGUUGGAUAUGCAUUGGUUUUUGUUCCAGAACAUGUUUGGGAGCCUUUGCCUGAAGAAUCCAAGAAAAAUCUUAGUAGGUAUCUUCUUGAGGCAAGAAAACACGAAUUUCGCCGUUGUAAUUGGAAGUUUUUCAGAGUAUUGAUUGAUUUAGGUUUAGAUAAGGUGGGAAUCUCUUAUGAUAGACAAUUAACCGAAAAUCACUUAGAGGAAUUAGACAAUAUGUAUAUUGGGGAGGGUUGGUACGGUGAUGGUGACAAAGCCAGCAUUGAUUAUUAUAACCCAUUUGCUUUACAUUUUUAUGGAUUAAUUUAUUACUUGGUCAGAAAAGACAUCGAUCCAGAAAGAAGUCAAAGAUUCAAAGACAGAGCUUUGGAAUUUGCUAAGCAAUAUAUUCACAUGUUUGCCGAUGAUGGUGCUUCUAUUCCUUAUGGUAGAUCUAUGACAUAUAGGUUUGCUGUUAUUUCUUUUUGGGGUGUUUUACCGUUGAUUACGAAAUCAGAUGAAGAGCCUGUUAUUCCAUGGGGUGUCUUAAAAGGUUUGUUUUUAAGAAACUUGAGAUGGUGGUCAGAACAACCUGUCUCUAGAUUCAGAAGCAACGUCUUAUCCGUAGGGUUUUCGUAUCCUAAUCAGUUCAUGUGUGAAGCAUAUAAUUCACCUGAGUCACCAUACUGGGCUUUUAAAGCAUACGUCCCAUUAAUGCUUCUGGAAGACCAUCCAUUCUGGACAGCUAAGGAGGAACCAUUAGUUUUGGAAGAUGCUGCAUUAAAAGUCCCUGGAAUGCUUGUUUCGCAUACCAAAGGUAAUACUGUUGCUUUAAUAAGUGGUCCAUAUAAAACGUUCAAUUUGAGAUAUCAAGCUGAAAAGUACAAUAAAUUUGCUUACAGUACAAGAUAUGGUUUCUGUAUUGAAAAUAAUCCUAGAGGAUUUAAAUUAGCCACUCUUGAUAAUAUGAUCGGUUUUAGUUUUUCUGGAAAUGACUUCUUUGUCAGACAAACAAACAAGUCUUGGAUUUAUGAUAACGUUUUAUAUUCAGAAUGGUCGGCUGUAAUGGGAAUCAAUGUUAAAACAUGGCUUAUUCAAAAAGGCAAAUAUCAUAUUAGAGUGCACCAUGUCGAAAACAAAACUUCUGAGAAGGUUGAUUCGAUUGAAGGCGGUUUUGCCGUAUCUUCAAUGAAUGAGAAAGGUCUUAACACUGCUACACAUCCUGGAUCGAAAGCUUUGGGAGAAGUUACAACCAAUGAUGAUAAUACUUUAAUCGUGAACUUAUUGCAAGAAAGAAAAGCAAGGGUUACGGAACCAGAUCCAAAUACCAGCUUAAUGGCAUCAAAGGUUAUGUUGCCACAAUUGACAGGAUCAAUUGAAGCUAACUCAACAGCCAAGUUUGCAUGUGCUGUAUACGGUCAACCAGCUUCCGAACAUUUUUCUAAAGAAAAAUGGUUGCAAAGUUUGAGUCUUCCAAGCGAAAGUGAAUUAAAUGACUUCGUAUCCAAGGCAGAACGAGUCGCAUGUAACGAUGUAUAG